AUGCUUCAGAUCCCCUUAAAUGGGUGCUCAACGGCCUAUGAAAACGAAGGCGUCCAGCUUUCCUCUUUACAAUCGGACAAAUUCACUGUCGUAUCCCAUCCCAAGUACCCCAGACAUCGUGUGCGCGUUAAAAAAACAGCGUUUUGCGAUCCAACAGUUAAUGUAUACACGGGAUACCUGGACGUCGACCAAGGCGCAAAGCAUAUGUUCUUUUAUCUCUUUGAGAGCAGGGGCAAACCGGACGAAGGUCCUGGGUGUUCGUCUUCAAUGGGACUGCUCAUGGAAUUAGGUCCAUGCAGUAUUGACAUGGAUGGAUCUUCGUCCAAUGGGACAGUUUGGAAUCCUUACUCCUGGAAUGAAGCUGUGAACAUAUUUUUCCUGGAUCAGCCGCAAACCAUAGGAACGACCGAGGAUGCCGCUAAGAACGUACACGGGUUCAUUACGAUCUUCUUUGAGACUUUUAAACAGUUUUCUGGUAGGCCACUUCAUCUCUCAGGGGAGUCGUAUGGGGGUCGUUAUCUCCCGGUCUUCGCAAGCGAGAUAUAUGAUCAGAACCAGAUAGCGAAGGCUGAAGGUCGUCCGACGCUGAAUCUUCAGAGUGUGUUGAUUGGAAAUGGUAUUACAGAUAUCUCAACUCUAUAUGCAGGAAGAUAUGAGAUCGAAUGUGGUACUGCUGCUCUAGAUAUUCCCUUUCAAUCUAUAAAUGCCUGUGUUCGCAUGAAAACUGCUCUACCGCGGUGUCAAUCGGCCAUGCUUAAAGGCUGCAUAGAACAGUUUGAUACCAUUAACUGCCGUGCAGCAGUCAACUUUUGCGAUGAUGAACUAUCAACAGGGAUGUGGGCCAGUGGUCGCAACGUUUAUGAUAUUUCCAAGAUGUGCAUCGGGGAUGACCUGUGCUAUGUUGAAAAUACAGCUAUCAAGAAGUAUCUCGAUCUGCCUGAGACUCGAGAGUUACUGGGUGUCGAGACGCCAUAUAACUUUCCUGCGUGCUCUUCUAUGGUCGGCGAGAACUUUAAUGCGCAUAUGGACAAAUGGGCAGUACCAACACAGUACUAUGUUGCUGGUCUCCUUGACCGAGGUAUCCGAGUAUUGAUUUACGCAGGAACCUAUGAUUGGCAAUGCAAUUGGGUUGCAAAUAAAUUAUGGGUUGAUGAAUUAGAAUGGAGCAGGAAGAGUGAAUACGCCGAAGCUCGAUGGAAUGAUUGGUUUGUUGGGGGUAGCAAGGCAGGCGAGAUCAAGCAAACACCAUUGCUCACAUUCGCGACGGUUCGAGGUGCUGGCCAUAUGAUGAAGUCUCUCGCCUUGAUCGGCCAUUGGAUAGUCAACCGAAAUCUUUGA